AUGACGCAAUUGCUUUUAGAGGCAAUUUGGUCAUUGACAGACAAAGAUCGUGUCGAGGAGGCCGACAAAUACAUAAAAGAGCUCAUUGAUACUGAUAAAAUUGGCUAUAUUGCAAACCUUGUUGAGAUUUUAAAUUCAGAUGAUCAAAAUGCUUCAGUCAAACGAAAUACAUUACUUUUAUUAUACAAAAUGUAUCCAGAAGAUAUUGCCCAGCAAAAUGGGGAAUUUGAUGAAUCAGAUAUGAUUCCACAAGAAAUUACAUCGAAAAUUAUUGAAAUAACAUUUGCAUUACUUGGAAAUCCAGAUGAAAGCUUAAGAAACAAUGCAAUUCAUCUCUAUGCUCGCGCUGUUUCAUACUAUAUUAAUUUACACGACAUUGAACCAUUUCAUGCAUUAAUACAAACACUAAUGGAACUUCCAGAUGCUAAUUUAGCGACAACAUAUACAUCUGCUCUUUGUGAAAUUUUAAUUUCAUAUUAUCCCGAAGAAGCAGAGACUCAUCAUCUCUUUAGACUUGUUUUCGUCAUGUUCAACACACAAGAUAUACAAAUGCACUUCAAUGCGAUCAAAAUUGUGAAUUCCAUGGUCGAGAAUAUUUCAGAUUUCUUUGAACCCGCCGAUGAAGAUGCCGCAGAAGAGAACCAACAGAUAGUCAUAGGCAUAGCAUCCGCGUUACUUCAAUACAGCCAACCAGGCGACCUACAAUGUGAAGCCUUCAAGUGUUGGGACAAAAUUGGAAAACAAGCUCCAAUAAUUUUGGCCGAAAACGAACCAAUUCUCAUCGAACACGCGUUGGGAGCAAUGGAGAACAGUGAAGAUAGAAACCUUCUCUUUGCUGCAUGUGCGUUAAUCAAGAGAAUUGCUAAGAUAGAGAUAGAAGAUGAGACAGAACAAUUAAACGGAAUUGAACAAAAUAUACAAAAUGUUUUGACAAUGUUAAUGGAUGUUUGCAGCAGUGUUGACGAUCCAUCUUGCGAAACAAAUGAAACAUGGGAACCGUACAUUGCUGCAUACGAAGCUAUGAAGACUGUUUGCAAGUUAACAGCUGAUACAAUCGCUGAAGGAAUGUCAGAAAAUUUCUCUGAAAUUUUGAAUUCAAAUUCAAUCACUUUUUCAGAGCGCGAUUGCUGGUUGAGAUUACUUGAAUGUGUCAUUGUUAACACUACAAACAAAGAGUAUGUCAAGCAGUAUUUCCAGCCACUUAUCAGUUUGGCAAGUGAUGAAAGCCCAUGCAUAAGAUUUAGAGCAUUAAAAUGCAUCAGAAAAGGUUUGGAGUUUAUCUCAGAAAUCAACAGAAACGAUGAAUAUCUAAUAGAGCUUUCCAAAGAAGUAGAGAACCUCGCAAACAUACUUGACGAUGAUGGCCAUAUCGCUUCAGAAGUUUGUUUCAUUUUGUCAUUAUUUACAAAAGUGACAAAUUAUGAAAGAACAUCAGAUAUUCUUCAGUUGUUAACAGAGAAAGCUGUUUCCGUACACCAGCAUUUCGCCAAAGAACCGUUUGAUGCAAUAGAAAGAAUCGUGACUGAAGCUGAUGAAGCGCAAGUUUUGAAUUUCUUCCCAAAUAUUUGUGGUUACUUAGAAAGCGCUUUGAAUCAAGAAAAUUUCGGAUGGUUAGUUCAUGAUUUAGGAGAAUUGGUACAGGCAUACGCAUUCAGAUUCAAAGAACAGAUCAGUCCUGUUGUUGAUCAUCUUUGUAAUUUGUUUUUGCAAGUUUGUAACUCUAAUUCUGAAUAUUUACCUGAAGUUUUGUUGCCUUUCACAAGUUUAUGUGCUGCAAAUCAUGAAAUAUUCGGAAAAUAUCUUCCAAACGCUUUGGAAAUAUUCGAGAAUAUUGUUAAGGAAAGUUCAUUCUAUCAAGCACAAUCGAGUGAACACUCUGCUUUCUAUUGUGUUGUAACAGGUUUCUCUAUCAUUUUGUUGGAGAAUUAUCCAAUAGAAAACAUCCAAAAUUGGCUUGAGAUAUUGGCAACAUCUUUAUCUGUUGAAAACAAUUUAGUUGAGAAUAUGUGUGCUGCUGUAUUAUGCAUUGAUUCCAUUGCAAUCAAAUACAGUGAAAUGUACUCUAAUUUCGCUAAAACUGUUUUGGGAUACAUCAGAACUUAUUGCCAAGAAUUAAGCCUCAAAUAUGGAAGUGAUGGAAAUGACAGUGAAGGACAGAAUUUGGCUAAAUGUAUUUCACAGAUUUUGUUGACAACUUAUAAGAUAAUUGGACCAGAAAACAUCGACCAAGAGAACUUGGAAAUGACUGGUGAAUUGUUCUUGUACUUUUGCGAACAAGAAUCAAUUACUAGUGAUUUCAUGUACAAUGUUCUCUCUUUGAUGGAGUUUAUCGGACAGAAUUUCCAUGAUUUCAUGGCUGAAUUGAUUAGUAAUAACCCUGAUUUGCAGGUGAAACUUGAAAACGCAAAAGAAUAUUAUGAUAACUGCGAAAAGUUAGUGGCAAGUAUUUCUACAAUGUUUGCUGAUUUAUUUGAAUAA